AGCGAUACAAGGACAUUCUAUUUUUGUUUGUUAACAAUAUUGUCAGUAAACGUGUGCCUUUUCACAAUGAUCAUACUGUACCAAAGAUAUAAGAUAAUAUACCGUACAAAUUACCGGUAGACUUCAAGUGGGUAGAAUUCCUUGAAAUCUAUAAAAAAAAAAAGUCAAGCAGGAAGUCAUAAAAUAAACACAUAUUUUGAAAUGUGAUUUAGUGGAGUGACGGAAUAAAUACUAUAGUGUUAUGGCAACCUCAGCUCUGCAGUUGACGGAAGAUGACACAAGAAGAUGCAGACUUUAUCAUCUUAUUGUUCAAGGUGGUGGACUAGUUUUGAGAGAUAAUCUCCAGAAGAAACAUCCUAAUCUUACGAAAGAUUCAAGUGUAAAGUUAGAAAUAGAAAAGCUAAGGAAAAGGCAUAUUAUAUCUGACUCUCAAUAUGAGAAACUUUAUCCAACAUCAGGUAUCUCAUCAUCCGAAAAUUACGACAUCACACUACUAGUCCUUUUGCAUAGGACUUUUCUUUGUGUGAAACCAAGUAAUGAUCCUGUAUGGAAGGCAACCAAUACUCCUGCUACUGCCGACAUUUCAGACGAAGCUGAAAUUGUGCGUCUCAGGAACUUCAGAAAUGAGAUACAUCAUACGGCACAUGAUGGUGGUUUUACUAAGAACAAAUUCGAUGUCCUUUGGGAAGAGAUAUCUAAGGUAUUGUUGCGUUUUGGAGCAGGUAUCCCAAACCUCAAAGCUGAGCUUGAAAACCUGAAAACAGAAAACUUUGACAAAGAAUUUGAAAAAGUGCUGUUGGCGAAACUUCAGAAAUGGGAUGUCCAAGACAAAGCAAUGGAGGAAGUAGUAGUCAAGACUAUAUUACGACACAGCCCAAGCGAGAUGGCUCUAGGUAAGUUUAUUCUUAACUAACAUAUACCAUUAUUUUAAUAUAUUUUAAGCUGGCAAUAUACAGGUGUGUUUCCAAAAAUGUGUACAUAUGUUAAUACUGCAAAUGUACGUUCCAUUGUUCAGACUGUCUUUAAUUUAAUUUCGAACAUAUGGAGUGAGACACAGGUGCUAGACACAUAAUCAAAUAUUUUACUUAAUAGGCCUAUAUAUGUAUAUAAAGAUAUAAGGUGUCCAACGGGACAAAAACAUCAUGCUAAACAAACAAGAACACUGCUGCAAGAAACGACCAGAUCACGGUUUUCUCUUUGUGGUCGCCACUUGAAAGCAUCAAUCCAAGCGUUAACACUUUUUAUUUCAUUAAAAUCCCUCAAAUAGCAAAAAAAUGAUGAAAAGUUUCACAAAAUACCACGAUUUUCAAUCCAUGUCGUUUUCGACGUUCAUUCUAUAUACUCAACAUCACUAAUCUCGCGUCAUCACUAAUUUCGCGGUAUUUGAGUUGCGCCACCUACGUGGUGUUUACCGGGAAGUUCGUGACCUAUUUUACUCAUGCUGGCGAAAAAUGUUCCUACCUGCAGUUACAUUGCUAAAU